AUGGCGGGGCCGGGGGCCCUGCUGGCGGUGGCGGCGCUGGCGCUGGCGGCGGGGGCGGCGGGCGGGAGCUGCCCCCCGCGCUGCGUCUGCGCCUCCAACAUCCUGAGCUGCUCGCAGGCGGUGCUGAGCGCCGUGCCCGCGCCCCUGCCCCGCUUCACCGCCGUGCUGGACCUGAGCCACAACAACCUGAGCCGGCUGCGCGCCGACUGGGCGCCGGGGCGGCUGGCGCACCUGCACGCCCUGCUGCUGUCCCACAACGGGCUCGCCUUCGUGUCCACCGAGGCCUUCGCGCACGUCCCGCACCUGCGGCACCUCGACCUCUCCUCCAACCGCCUGCGGGCGCUGGAGGAGAACCUCUUCAGCGACCUGGCCGAGCUGGAGGUGCUGCUGCUCUACAACAACGAGAUCGCCGCCGUCGACCGCACCGCCUUCGACAACCUGGGCCGGCUGCGCAAGCUCUACCUGGGCCAGAACCACAUCGCCCGCUUCCCGCUGGAGCUGCUGCGCGAGGGCAGCCGCCUGCCGCAGCUGGCGCUGCUCGACCUCUCGGCCAACCGCCUGCGCAGCCUCCCCGUGGCCGAGCUGCAGGCGCUGCCGGCCUGGCUGCGCGACCGCCUCUACCUGCACGGCAACCCGCUGGCCUGCGACUGCCCGCUCUUCCAGCUGGUGGCCCGCGGCUGGCGCCGCCGCCUCAGCGCCGUGCUGGACUUCCAGGAGGAGCUGCGCUGCCUGCUGCCGGCCCCGGGCCGGGCGCCCGUCGGCAUCCUGGCGCUGGCCGGCCGCGAGCUGCUCAACUGCAGCGAGGCGCGCGAGGCCGUGCUGGAGGCGCACCUGGGCGACACCGUGACGCUGGGCUGCGACAGCCGGCUGCGGGCGGCGCACAGCCGGCACUGGGUGACACCGGGCGGCGAGCGGGUGCCGGAGGAGGCCGGCAACGGCAGCGCGGCCGUGCUGGCCAACGGCAGCCUGCAGCUGCGGGCGCUGCGCCCCGAGGACGCCGGCACCUACGCCUGCCGGGUGGCCGGCCCCGCGCUCAACGAGACGCUCUACGUGGAGCUGCUGGUGCACAACUUCACGCUGCACGGCCCGCACGACGGCCUCAACACCGCCUACACCACGCUGGUGGGCUGCAUCCUGAGCGUGGUGCUGGUGCUCAUCUACCUGUACCUCACCCCCUGCCGCUGCUGCUGCCGCGGCGCCGACAAGACGCCGGCCCCCCGCGACGACAGCCUCAACUCCUCCGUGCUCAGCGCCACCCCCAACCACGCCGCCAGAGAGACCCCCCAGCCCCACGGCGCCGCCGGGCCCCGCGCCCCCCCGGGGGGGCAGAACGGCAGGUUCAAAGCGGGAGGCACCCCCCCGGCCAUGGCGGCGGCGGCGGCGCGGGAGGGCCCCCGGGCGCAGAGGAAGGUGUCAGACCCGGACUCGGUCAGCUCGGUGUUCUCGGACACCCCCAUCGUGGUGUAG